UUUUUAUAUUUAUGUUUAUUAUCAAUCAUUUUUAUCAUGAUGACCACCAUCACACAAUUUAAAGUCGAUGCCCAAAUAGCACAUCAUCAAUAUUUUAAAAUAACACCACAAACUGAAAUAAAUGUGAUCGAAGGUAGUACGGUUGUAUUACAAUGUGUUGUUGGUAAUCAACGUGGUCCAGUUCAAUGGGCAAAAGAUGGUUUUGUACUUGGUUAUGAUCGUAAUAUACCUGGUUUUCCACGUUAUUCAAUGAUUGGUGAUGCAAGUAUUGGUGUACAUAAUCUUCGUAUUGUUGAUGCUCGUAAUGAAGAUAAUGGUGAAUUUCAAUGUCAGGUUGGUCCAGGCGGUAAAAAUUAUGCACCAAUACGAGCUACAUCAAAAGUAACCGUACUGAUACCACCAAAUUCAAUUGAAAUUGUUACACCAUUAAGUGGUAAAAGUUUAACAAAAAAUUCAUCAAAUGUUGAACUACGUGAAGGUAAUAGUGUUACAAUUGAAUGUUUAGUAACCGGUGGUAAACCACCAGCUCAAAUUAAAUGGUUUCGAAAAAAUGUCGAGCUUCGUCCAGAAAUGGGCACUAAUCCUGAAACAACAACUGUUACAACUACAUUAGUCGAUUCAAAUAGUAUACAAGAAAUUGAAUCGGUUGUUUAUACAAGUAAAUCAAAAAUUACCGUAUCAGGUAAUGCUGAAGAUAAUGGUAUACCAUAUACAUGUGAAGCCGUCCAUCCUGCCUUAACAAAUAACCGUCCAAUGCGUCGUACAAUAUCAUUAUCUGUUCUAUAUCCACCGGGUGAACCAGAAAUUACUGGAUAUACUGAUGGCCAAAAUCUUAAAGUUGGUGAUACACUUAAAAUGGAUUGUCGUGCACGUGGUGGUAAUCCAUUAGCACAAUUAGUUUGGUUUCGUAAUGAUGAACAGGUGGAUUUUUCCUAUACAACUGUAGCCGAAAAAUAUUCAUUAAAUGUAAUGGAAUUUACUGUCGAUGCAAGUGAUAAUAAUGCUAUUUAUCGUUGUGUAUCAUCAUCACCAAUUAUGGAACGUUCGAUUAGUAAAGAAAUUAAAUUACAAGUUUAUUUUGGUCCAUCCAAAUUAUCGAUCACAUCGAUUAAAGAUGUAAAAGCUGGUGAUAUUGUACCGGUUAGUUGUCGAACUGAACCAUCAAAUCCUGCUGCACAAAUUAGUUGGGUAGUUGAUGGUCGUCCAAUUAUACAUAAUAGUACUAUUGAAUCGGCUAAAAAUGGUGGAUUUAUAACUACAGCCAAUAUAACUAUAUCUAUCACUAAUCAGGAUCGUAAUAUGAAAAUGUUGUCCUGUUAUGCAGUUAAUGAUAAAAUCAGCGAAACGAUCGUCGAAUCUUCCGUAUUGAAUGUAUUAUAUCCACCCGAAUCGAUACAUAUUUUUGGUUAUGAUGAACAAAAAGCCUUACAACAUGAAACAGUACAACGUUUAACCUGUACAUGUAAUGGUGGUAAUCCACUUUGUACACCUAAAUGGUUUAAAAAUGAUAAAGAAUUAAAUGAAGGUACACAGAUUUCUGUUAAUGGUAACACUGUUACUAAUGAGCUUGUGUUCCGUGUCGAUCCAAGUGACAAUACUGCAAUGUAUAAAUGUACGGGUGAAAAUUCUGCAUCAAUUACACCGAUUAAAGCUGUUACAACAUUGACUGUUCAUUUUCCACCAAAUAAAGUAUCAAUAAAGUUAACACCUAAACAACCAAUUGCCGGUCAACAAUUAGAAAUUCAAUGUGAAACAGGUAGUUCAAAUCCACAAUCAAUGAUUACAUGGUGGCGUGAUGGUUUUAUGUUAACCGGACAACAAGAUGCUAUUCAUGAUGGUUUAUUUGGUGGUAAAAUUACUCGUAAUAUUUUACGUCUGAAUGUUAGCAGUCAAGAUGAUGAAAGUGUUAUUACAUGUCAAGCCAAAAAUCAAGUACUUCAACAAAGUGUUCAUGAUGCCAUUACGUUGAAUAUUCAAUAUCCACCGGAAUUUUUAAAUCCUCCGUUAACACAAUUUGAUGUGAUUAUUGGUCAAUCGGAAACAUUCAAUCAAACAGCACGUUCCAAUCCAUUAGCCAUCACUUAUAAAUGGAAACGUGAAGAUGAUAGUGAAAUUAGUGAUAAUACUGGUCAUCGUAUUGUAUCCGAUGGUCCUAUUCUUAAUAUAACAAAUGCUCAAAAAUCUGAUAGUGGUAUUUAUAAAAUAUAUGCUACAAAUGAUCUUGGUACAAGUGAAUCAUCUAUUCGUAUCAAUGUUCAAUAUCCGGCCAUAAUUAAAAAAAUAACCGAAAUUGUAAUGGUUGAUGAAUAUCAUAAUGCACAUCUUGAAUGUUAUUUAGAUGCUAAUCCAAUUAAUGAACAUAUUAUUAGAUGGAUUCGUCAUAAAAAUGAUUCUGAUUAUAAUUCAAUGAUUCAUUAUCAUCAUCAUAAUGUGCCUUUAUCAUCAUCAUCAUCAUCAUCAUCAUCAUAUGAUGAUCUGGAUGAUAUUGUUUCUACAUCAUCACAUCGAAUGCAUUCAGAAGUAGAAUUAUUACCCGAAGAAUCACAACCAUUUGCUGAUGGUGCUAAAUUAAAAAGUUCAUUAUUAAUAUUAAAUGUUACAUUACGUGAUUCAGGAUCAAUAUUUGAAUGUUUAGCUAAUAAUGGUAUUGGUAAAGAAGUUAAAUCUGCCAUUACAUUAUUGGUAUUACAUAAACCAAUAAUCGAUCGAUCACCAUCGAUUUCAAAAUCAGCUUCCGAAUCAGGCUCAUCAGCUAAACUUAUUUGUCGUGCACAAGGUACACCUAAUGUAACAUUUACCUGGAAACGUGAAGGUUCAGUAUUGGAAUCAGAUGAUUCAUCAUCAUCAUCAUCAUUAAAUUAUCGUUUAUCAUCAUCAUCAAAAUCAAGUGUUGAAAAAACUUUACCAAAAUAUUCAAUUGAAAAGACAAAAAAAUUAGAUCUAAUUACCUAUGAAAGUGUUCUUAUCAUAAAUGAUGUUACCGGUAAUGAUUAUGGUCCAUAUGAAUGUAUUGCACGUAAUGAUCUUGGUUUUGAUGCAAUGGCUAUUGCAUUGAAUCGUACAUCAAGACCAGAUUCACCACGUUCAUUACGUGUUGUGAAUGUAACAUCUGGUUCGGUUACAUUACGUUGGUUACCUGGAUUUGAUGGUGGUUUACGGCAAACAUUUCGUAUUCGUUAUCGACCAAUAGAUUCAUUAUCGAUGAUCAAUGAUGGUGAAGAAAUUUUCGAUUCAAAUAAUAUUGCCUAUAUGUAUAGGGAUGUUUAUCCAACCAAUGCAACAACAAUUAUUGUUGGUGGUUUACGAGAUAAUACACAAUAUAUAUUCAAUGUAAUGGCAAUCAAUGAAAAAGGUGAUAGUGAUUAUAGUGCUGAUAUUGUUAAAGCAUCAACUCUUAAAGAAAGUGGAAUAACCGAAACCGAAAAGAUUAUAUCAAAAGUUUUGGCCGAAACUGGUUUCGAUAUACCAAGAUUAUUCGUUAUCAUUUGUGUUGUAUGUUUUUCAUUGUUAUUGUUCAAUUUUGUUGUUGUUUUUUAUUUACGUGCACGUAAAAAACGUAAACGUUAUGAAGAAGAAAGUGAUAGAUAUUCUGGUGGUACUGAUAGUAAAACAACAACCAGUAGUAAAACAACAAUAGAACUUUAUGAUUCUAAUGGACAAAAUGGUACAUUGAAACCAUCAACAAUAUCGAAUAGUUUAAAUUCUCAUAAUCAUCAUUUAACCAAUCAUCAUCAUCAUCCACAUCAUCUUAAUAAUAAUCAUAUUGGCCAUAAUAAUAAUAAUCAUUCAUUAAUGAAUGGUAAAAAUGGAAUAAUAAUAACAGAAACAUCAUUAAGUGGUGGAUCACCAGCACCAGGUGAAGAUGAAUUCAACAGUCAAAAAAGUGAUGAUCGUUUUUCUGGACAAACUGAAUAUGAAAUGGAGAUUUCAGCCAAUUCAAUUAUGGCAUUGGAUGAUCCAAAUUUUGGUACCAACAUAUUACAACAACAUCCAUUACAUUUACAAGGUGCUACCGGUCAAAUACAUACGAUGAAUGGUCAAAUUAAUGGAGGAGGUAUGAGCACCUAUUUAAUUGAUGAACCAAAUCAAAAUUCAAUGAUGAUGAUGAUGAAUUUGAAUUUGAAUGAUGAUAAUUUUCAUCUAAAUCAUCAUCAACAACAACAACAUCAUCAUAUGAUCAAUACAAAUAACAAUAAUAGUAGCAAUAAUACUUUACCACAACCACCAUCAAGACCACCAUCAAUACCUGUUCAUUAUUCAACAAAUAAUAAUAACAAUCUACGUUAUUCAUCAUUAGGUUCAGAUAUUGCACCAGCAGCAUUUUAUAAUGCAAUAGCAGCUGAAGAAGAUUAUCUAAAUGCAUUACAACAACAUCAUCAAGCUGUACAAGCUGCAAUGAAUGUUAAUCAACAUCAUCAUCAUCAUCAAACAAAUAAUGUUGUUGGUGGUACAUUAAUAACGACCAAUGGUCAAAUUGGUACUAUACAAACAUCACAAGGACCAAUGCAAAUACAAUUGAAUGGACCACCACCACCACCAUCAUCAAAUGAUAUGAUCACCAAUGGUUAUGGUACAAUUGGUGGUACACAUCAUCAUCAUGUUGAUCAUUCCACCACUACAUAUCAUUUGGUUGGACCGGAUGGAACGCUCAUUUCGUCAUCAAAUGCUUUACCACCAUCAACGACAGUAAUAUCUUCAUCAAAUGGUCAAAUUAGUAACGGUGGUGGUGGUGGUCUUAUUCCACCACUUCCGCCAUUACGCAGUAUAAUGCCACAGGGACAACAAUCAUCAACAUUACAACAGCAACAACUACCACCAUCAUCAUCCGCAGCAACAACAGUAAAUGGAUCGAUGACCACAUUUUUGCCGGCCAUUACCGAAGAGCCACCAAUCACUCCUAUUGGUCAUCUUGUUUGAAAAUAAAAAAUGUCGUGCAUGUGAUAUUUCUUUCUGUGUGUGUGUGUGAUGUCUAUGUAUGUUUUUCAUUUGUUUUUUGUGUGCCAUUACCAGCGGAUGGUUCAAACUACUUUAAGAAAAUUGUUGAACCCAAAAGAAAAAGUUGCAAUUACCGAAACAAAACAAAAAAAGAAGAAGGCUA